UGUUGAGACCGACACAUCUUGACGUUUUUCCUGGUGGAUUUGCUGCUGCCACAACGGGAGAUAACGUUUGUUUAGAGAGACCUGUGAACAUGGUGGACCUGUUUGUCGACCGGGUCUUGGUUAAAAACAACAGGGACCAGGAUGAACUGGACACAGAGCGGGAGAUAGAGAAUCGUCUGCAGAACCGCAUCCUGCUGCUCUUCUUUGGAUCAGCAGCGUGUGACAGGUGCCAGGAGUUUGCUCCAGCGCUCAGUGACUUCUACAAACGUCUCACAGACGAGUUCUAUGUGGAGCGCUCGGCUCAGCUGGUCCUGCUCUACAUCAGCAUGGACCAGUCAGAGGAUGACCAGGAGAGCUUCCUCCAAGAGCUGCCCAAAAAAUGCUUGUUUCUGGACUACGAGGACCCCUACAGGAGGGAUUUGGAAGACAUGUUUAAAAUAAAGGAGAUCCCCACAGUGGUUGUCCUGCGCCCUGACAGUUCUGUACUUAUCCCAAAUGCAGUGGGGGAGAUACUACACUUGGGUCCAGACUGCUACAAGAACUGGCAAGAGGCAGCCGAAAUCAUAGACAGAAACUUUAUGAUCAGUGAUGACAUCAGUGACAAGUCAAUGAGGAGCCUGACCGACCCUAUGAGGAGACUCAAGUACAAGGUGGAAAACAAGAAGAAGAAGCAGCGUGGAGGAUGGGGAAGGAGAAAAGAUGCAGAGGCGGAUGGAGGAGGAGGAGAUGGUGGAGCAGAGUCACCUUGGUGACAGAGGCCAAGAAAAUAGCACAUUAUUAGUGACUGAAGAGGUCCCUAACGCUGCAGUAAUUGGUCUUUUAAACAGAUGUGAGAAGGUCAUGAAGCUUCUCCAAAGGACUCAAAGGCAUACGCCAUAUUUAAUGUAACAAAAAAGCUUUAUCUGCCAUAAAACUGUUCUACUGGUAUAGAGUAGUGAAGUCAAGGGGAUAAAUAUAUGGAAAUUAAUGAGGAAAUGCUGCUUCUUUCUCAGACUUUAGAUUUAUGCAGGACCUAUAUUUGAAGCUGCUUUAAGUAACAAAACAAAGGAUGC